CUCGCGUGUGUCCGCGAGUGCUCCUGUGUCAGCGCGCGGCGCUACAACCGGCGCAGUCGUCCAAUCGCCGCGAGCCGACCACGACACACCUCCACGACGCUCCGGUGGAUUUAAAAUUGGACCGGCUGCGUGCGCACUCGACUCGGUAUCGAGCGGACGUCAGUGUCAGUUGUCAGUUGUCAGUCGGAGGCGACGGGCGCGUGUGACUUGUGAAUUCGCAGAGCUCCGAACAUGGCUCUGAUCAGACGGCUGGCCGUGAACGCGCCCCGGAACGUACGAGUGGUUACUUACGCGACACAGACCCGCGACGAUCUCGACCUAACCUUCAACAGUCCUAAAGAUGCUUUCAAGAGCAAGAAGACGAGCGAGCUGGUGCGGGCGUACUUCGUCUACCAGAUAUGCUCCGUCAACUGGAUGGUGGAGAACAACGACAUGUUGAUGAAGAGGCUCCGUCAGGUGGUGGGCCAGAAGUUAUUCGAGGUGAUCAUGAAAGCCACCUUCUACGGGCAGUUCGUUGCUGGCGAAGACCAGAACACCAUCCGUCCAACCAUCGACAGGCUGCGUUCGUUCGGCGUUAAGUCGAUCCUGGACUACUCCGUCGAGGAAGAUAUCUCGCAGGAGGAGGCGGAGAAACGCGAAGUCAGUGGCAGUUUGACAAGCGAGAAACUAAUGGAAUUAAUUAAGCACGGACCAAGAAACUUACAAGACCUUGUUUUGACCGGCGCGUCGAUCUCGGCGUACGGAGACAAGAAGGAGGAGGGUCAGCUGAAGCAGUACCACGUGGAGCAGCGGUUCGCGGACAGGCGGUACAAGGUGACCAGCGCGCGCACAUACUUCUACCUCAACGAGGCUUCCUGCGAGAAGAACAUGGAAGCAUUCCUUAAGAGUAUUGACGCUGUUGCAGGAAUUACCAAGAGCACUGGACUGAUGGCGGUCAAGUUGACUGCGCUCGGCAGACCGCAAUUACUUCUGCAACUGUCGGAAGUGAUCAUGCGCGCUCGCAACUACAUGCAACAGAUAGCCGGAGGCACUGGCAACGUCCUCACCCAUCACAAGACCAUCGAGGACUUCCAGAGGUAUUUCGGCGACCACAAGAACAAGCCAGAGGUCCAGGAGUUCAUGAAGAAGAUCACAUCGGACAAGGAAGGUAUCGUCCAUCUGUUCCCUUGGUCGAACAUUCUAGAUGAAGACAUGAAUCUAUCGGACUCGUUCCGCGUGCCUGACCCGAAGACCGGUCAAAUGCGUCGGCUGAUCUCGCAGAUCUCCACCAAAGAAGAGGAGAUGUUCAGGAACAUGUUGCGCAGGCUGAACCACAUCAUCCAGAUCGCGAACGACGCGGAUGUGAGGAUCAUGAUCGAUGCGGAGCAGACGUACUUCCAGCCAGCCAUAUCCAGGAUCUGUCUUGAGAUGAUGAGGAGAUAUAAUAAGGACAAAUUCCUAGUGUUCAACACGUACCAAACCUACCUGAAGAAUACUUACAACGAGAUCUUAACAGAUCUUGAGCAGGCGCAGCGUCAGAACUUCUACUGGGGCGCCAAGCUUGUGAGGGGCGCUUACAUUGAACAGGAGCGCGCCCGAGCUGCGGCGAUGGGUUACGAGGACCCGACCUGCGAGAACGUCGACGCCACCACCGCCUCCUUCCACAAAUGCCUUAAAGAGAUUCUUAGCCGAGUUAAGGGUGAGCAGAAAGACCGCCUCGGUAUCAUGGUGGCCUCCCACAACGAGGACACGGUCCGGUACGCCAUCCAGCUGAUGAAGGAGCAUAACAUCAAGCCGGAGGACAAGGUGGUCUGCUUCGGGCAGCUGCUGGGCAUGUGUGACCACAUCACCUUCCCGCUCGGCCAAGCCGGCUACUCCGCCUACAAGUACGUUCCAUACGGCCCAGUGGUCGAAGUCCUUCCCUACUUGUCCCGGAGGGCGAAUGAAAACAGAGGAUUCCUCAGCAAAAUCAAGAAGGAGAAGAAACUACUUCUCAAAGAGAUCAUUCGCAGAGUUGUCACCGGUCAGAUCUUCUACAAACCAGUUGGCAACUACACACCCGUCUAGAUUGUAAAUUAGUGUUUGUUUAGUUAAUUUAUGUUGCAGUAUAUAUAUAGGGAACGAAUAACGAUGUGAUAACAGAUUCGGAGGGUACAGAUGAUAAAAAUAACGAUUAUAACCGUUAUUAUUAACGUUGUAACGGUUAUAACGGCUGUUUUUAUCGUUGUUUUGCCACGGACUUUUAGUUCUUGUAGAACUGUGCGUUGUUUUUAAAAUCGCUCAUUAUUUCUGAAUUGUUAUUGUUCAUUGUCUUGCGUUCUUUGAUGGUAUUAUUUUGGGAGUUAUUACUUAAUUUGUGUCACCUCAUUCUUAUAAGCACUUGGCAGAUUGGAGACACGAAAUUGUUGAUUAUUGAUUAUGGUAUUACUGAGAUUUUUUUAUUUUCUUUCUUUGCUUUACUGAAGAUAUUCGGGGCUUAGAUCAUAUUGGUCCAAUGCAGAUUGAUAUCAUAUUGAUAAAAGGGAAAAGAACG